UGUUCACCUAGCUUAGCACAUUAGUUAACUUUAGCUUCAUAUAAAAGUAGUUAAAGAGAACUAGCUGUUAGCAUUAGCAUGAGUGUUUUGUGAGGUAAGGACCGGUGAUGUAAUGAUGACGAACGACCUUAAAGUUAAAUUAACAACUUUAAGUGACACGUGACGUUUGAAAAGUAAAGUUGUGUGUUCAUGGUAACCUCCAGCAGAUCCUCUUCAUCAUCAUCAUCAUCAUGACCUCCACUGAGGAGCAGCCUGAGAAGCACUGCUGGGUGUGUUUCUCUACUGAUAAAGACGACCUCAGGUCAGACUGGGUGAGUCCUUGUCGAUGUAAAGGAUCCACCAAGUGGAUCCAUCAGUCAUGUCUGCAGCGCUGGCUAGACGAGAAGCAGAAAGGAAACGGUGGAGGAGCCGUCAUCUGUCCUCAGUGUGGCACUGAAUACCUUAUCUCCUUCCCUAAGAUAGGACCUUUGGUGUACUUCCUCCAGCAGGUGGACCGAGGUCUGUCCAGGAUCAGCCCCUUUGCUGCUGUGGGGGUCGUAGUCGGGACCAUCUACUGGUCCGCUGUCACAUACGGAGCUGUGACCGUCAUGCAGGUCGUGGGACAUAAGAAGGGUCUUUAUGUGAUGGAGCGAGCUGACCCUCUGUUCCUCUUGAUGGGGCUGCCCACCAUCCCAGUGCUGCUGGUACUGGGAAAGAUGGUCCGCUGGGAGGAUCAUGUGGUGAGGCUGCUGCAGAGGUACUGGUGUAAAGGGAAGCUCCCACCAGGUACCAGUCGUUACCUGUCCAGACUCCCUGCUGAGGGUCCUGGUCCAGGAGACCACCUCUCUGUGUCCAGGACUCUUUGUGGAGCUCUCAUCUUUCCCUCCAUCGCCAGUCUGGUGGGACGACUGCUGUUUGUACGGAGGCCGUCUAAUCUUCAGCGCACUCUGCUGGGCGGCUUAGUCUUUGUGUUGAUCAAAGGAGUUCUCAAAGUGUAUUUCAAACAGCAGCAGAGCUUCAUUCAGGCCAGCAGACACAUUGUGAACAACAACGAGACAACCGGAGGACAGAACGAAGCUGGAGACGAGGACACGGAGGAAACGGAGGACAGCGGAAAUGAAUAGUUCACGUGGAUCCAGAGGAGGUCCGCUGAAGGGCAGAGAUAAUGGUACAAAAACAUCUGGAGGUUGAAGUUCCAGAGA